AUGGCUUCAUCAGGUGCAGCUGCUCUUAAGGCGGCUGCCGCCGUUGCUAUUUUCGCCAUGCUGGUCAUGUCUUCGCAGGGCAAUCCGAGGACGGGACCGCUAUGCAGCAGCUGCGCAUCCAAGUGCAGCUUCGAAUGCGGCACCAUAACCGCCACGAACUGCAGCAGUGCCUGCGGCUACCCACCCGAGUGCUACAGCUGCCUAGAUCGGGUUUACAAUGGGUACGAGGACUGCUGCAACAACGCCACAAUCAACAGCAGCUUAUCCUGCUGCGACAAUGGAUGCUUCGGCGACUGCGUAACAUGCGCACCCUGCGACGUCAAUGGCCUGCUCACAGUUCGCUGCAUGGACGUCUGCAAGCUCAACAAUACAGCUUGCGAGGCUUGCAAGGACACGGUUAGCCAGCAGUGCAAUGCCACUUGCAACAAAGACUGCAGCAAAACCUGCGUGAAGAAAAGCAAUGGAUGGUGA